AUCUUUUUGUGCGACGGAGCGGUUUGUGUUUACGGCGGUUGUAAAGAGUGUUUCAGUUUAUAAUUUGCAUAUAUGCAUGUUUUUUUUCUGUUGUUAUUAUAAAAUAACAAGUUGUAUGAGAAAGUGUAGCUUUAGAGAGCCAUGAGAUUGUUUUAAACUUUAAACUCGAUUAAUAGAUCAAAGUCCAGUUUAGGGUGAUAGAGAGAGAGAGAAUGUUUUGAGAGAAUGUUAUAAGAGUAACUGUUUUGUGCAGAAGAACCGGUUACAGAAGCAAAUGUGUUGGUCAUGAAUUAAUAUUUCUGUUUUUUUUUUAAGCUGAGGGAGUCCAUUACUGCAAAAACAGGAUUAAACGAGGGGAAAGGACCCCUAAUCAUCUUAUUCAAUCAGCUCAUUCAUUCAGCCAUCAAGUCGACUUUCUGAAUGUUUAAUCAUGAGAAACAUGAACAGAUCCUUUCUCACCUUGUACAGUCUGCUGCAGGCAUCAAGACCCACAUGUGCUCUUUCAUCAGCAGCAAUUAGGCUAUUGUCCACGGGUCCCUUGAGUCCAAAAGUGUGCAUCGUUGGAGGAGGACCAGCAGGCUUUUACACGGCACAACAUCUCCUUAAGGCCAGGAAUGACAUGUCUGUGGAUAUCUACGAGCGCCUGCCUGUCCCAUUUGGCCUGGUUCGAUUUGGAGUGGCUCCAGAUCACCCCGAGGUUAAGAACGUCAUUAACACAUUCACCCAGACGGCACAGCAUGAACGCUGCUCUUUCUAUGGCAAUGUCAGCAUAGGUACGGAUGUCAGUGUGGAGGAGCUAAAGAAAGCCUAUCAUGCUGUUGUGCUUAGUUAUGGAGCAGAAGCAGAUCGCUCUUUGGGAGUGCCUGGGGAAAACCUAGCUGGUGUCUUCUCAGCCAGAGAUUUUGUCGGAUGGUACAACGGGCUCCCUAGCAACAAAGAGCUGCGUCCAGACCUAAGCUGUGAGACUGCUGUGGUUUUGGGACAGGGCAACGUGGCAUUGGAUGUGGCCAGAAUCCUCUUGUCUCCGAUGGAUUUUCUACAGAAGACAGACAUUACGCAGCAGGCACUGGAGUCUCUUAAAGCCAGUCGGGUACGCCGGGUUCUGAUUGUGGGAAGAAGGGGUCCUCUGCAAAUUGCAUGUACUAUUAAGGAGGUGAGAGAAAUGAUGAACUUGCCUGAGACUAAGGCUGACAUGCUCCCUGGAGACUUUGAGGGCAUAGCUGAGGCUCUGAAAGAUCUUCCCAGACCUAGAAAGAGACUGACUGAGCUAAUUUUGAAGACUGUGAAAGAAGAUGAAAUGAGGCAUAGAGCCAACAAAAUCUGGGGUUUCCGUUUUCUGCGCAGUCCUGUGGAAGUGCUUCCAGACGCAGAUGGAAAAAAAAUAAAAGGGAUUCGUUUGUCUGUUAACAAGCUUAAGGGUUCAGGGGAGGAAGCUCGAGCUCUGCCCACAGGUCUAACUGAGAAUCUAGAGUGUGGGCUACUCAUCAGCAGUAUUGGGUACAAGAGCCUACCUAUCGAGCAUUCUGUGCCCUUUGACCCUCACUCUUCCACAGUGCCCAAUGACAUGGGCAGAGUCUCACAGACAGCAGGUCUGUACUGCAGCGGCUGGGUAAAGCGUGGGCCGACUGGUGUGAUUGCGACAACUAUGAAUGAUAGUUUUGAAACAGCGCGAAUGCUAUUGAAAGAUGUGGAUUUAGGAAGACUUGAUGUGUCUGUCAAGAAAGCUGGUGCUCAAGAGAUUACAGACUUACUGAAGAUUCGAGGAGUGAGAACAGUUUCAUUCUCGGAGUGGGAGAAAAUCAACACAGAGGAGAUACGGAGGGGAGAAGCUUUGGGAAAGUCCAGAGAAAAAGUCCUGGAUGUAAAAGAGAUGCUGGAACUAGCCUGGUCCUGAUCUAUCUGAUGUCCUCAAACUCCACCUUAAAGAACUAUGUGGUGAUUUGAUUAAGGUUUAUUUGAUGCCUUCUCUGCAUAUAAAGGAUACCAUGUUCUGAUGAAUGUUAAGUUUACAAUUUAUUUUUAGCUAUUACAUUGAACAGUAGAUCAAAAAGUCUGUCUAGACAUGUCCUGAUCUGGAGCCUGGAUGAGGAAUAAAGAAGUGAGUCAUGCUUUUAAUUAGUAAUUAUACAAAAAGCCUUAAGAACAGGUUUUUAAACCACAGGGUUGUAAAUCUAUCCAUGUUAAUAUUAUUACUACACAUAGAAAGUAGUUAAAAUAUAGUUUGUUUUAGGAGUAAAUUAUUGAUUCACCACUACAUUCAAUUUAGUUUUAGUUUAUAUAUCAUUUUUAACCAUGGCCAUUUGGAGGCCUGAAUCCCCUGUGAAUGCUUCUGUUGUAACUGGGAUUAAUCUCAUUUUGGCAGAUGUCAUUCUGGUUGGCUGCAUUUGUGGGUUGCAUAAGCACAUCUGUUUUCCACAUGUCUAUGUGACAUUAACUCAUAAAACAUAACACAAUGGCUGUAUUUACAUAUUUCUGCAUUAAGCAAAAUUAUAAAUGGGACAAAAAAAAAAAGAAUAAGAAUUUUUAAACCAAGGAAUGUUUCAAUUUAAAAGGACUUUAGUUCUUGUUUUAGUUUAAAUGUCUUAAAUGUCUACAACAGUUUGUUCCGACCGAGUUAUCCAAUUGGACUAGAGGCAUUCCAUGAGAGGUGAUAUACAAAGAGUGCAACAGUACUGGGAUGUUUAACUAUAUGAAUCAGUUGGCUUCACUGGUGUUUUAACAUCGUAUUAAUCAUUAAUUAAACUAACUGUUGGUCGCCGGCAUGGGUGAAAGUAGGUCUGUAUGGUUCACAGUUCUAGAAAGGGGAGAGAGCAGCUAAGCCUGCUAAAACCAGCCACAAUGUUCCAUACCAGCCACAGAAGCAAUUACAGCAAGAGUGUGCUUGCUUGCUUCACUUGGCUUUCUUCGUUACUAGACCAAGGAAAAUUUUGUGCUAAACUUUAACUUUGUAUUCCAACAUAACACUGUAUUUCGAUAUAGAUUUAUUUGAAUUGUCGCAGAUUUUUGCAACAUAUAGAAUUUUGUAUUAAGUUACUUAACCACCUCAUUAGCUGUAUUAACACUGGAAACCCAAAACCUGUGUAACACUCAAGUCACACACUGCAUAUUGAACUGUCACACUUAAUGCCCUAAGUAAUAAAUGCCAUGGUUUUAUGUAUGUAAAAAAUUUUCAUCAGCUAAUAAAUGUAUAUCAUCCAGGA